AUGGCAAAGUCUUCUCAGGCUCUCCUCAUCGCUGCCCUUUGUUUCUUUGGCCUCCUUGCUUUGCCUAUUGCCAUGAUGACUUUAAGAUUGUGGGAAGUGUAUACUGCGACACCUGCGUGCCCUGUUCGUGACCAGAGCGACUACAAGGUCACCGUGGAAGGUGAGCACGAGGAUGAUAUCUGUGAAGUGGUACUCCUGGACAGCCCUAUCAGUAAAUGUGCCGAGAAAGUUCGUGGGCGUGAUCGUGCUCGUAUUGUUCUCACUCACAACAAUGGAGUUGUCUCCAACACACGCUACGCCAGCCCUUUGGGAUUCUUGGCCGACACACCUUUAGAAGUCUGUCCUGAAGUUUUAAAGGAGCUAAAUCUUCUCCCCACAAUUGAGUUCCUCCAACUACUCUGA